CUUGGUGUCUGGCGAAGAUACUUGUGUCAAUGACCCCCGGAGAAGAGCUAACCCCCCACAGUAGAUAUAUAUCUCCAAUAAUAACAUCGGGAUGCCUUUACCGAGUAUGAGAGGAGUGUUUUUGUUUUGCGAGAACUUGAUAGGGAUUGUAGAUAUCUUUAUAUCGGUAAAUGUGAGGAAGGUAUUUUGCAUCAGAUGACGAUCCACGGGGAUGAGAAACUUAUUGGGAGAUCACCCACUGUGAUACAAAGAAGGAAGGCGGGAACCAUUGAAGAUCAUUUGGGAUGUAUUCAGAUAUUGCGCCAAAAGAUAAGCAUCAGGUCCUGGUAAGAAAAAAGUCAAUUAUCAACCUGGAGAAUUUAAGAAAGCAAUAUAUUCGGAGGCGGUGGAAGCUUUCUUACAGUGUGGUAUCGCUUUGCAAUCACCUGCGUCGCUCCCUUAAGAAUAAAGUUCUUGACGAAGAAAAGAUUGCACUGAGAAAUUGUGCAAGUGAUGUUGAGGAUGAAACAGAAAGAAGGCAAGUGAUUCAAACCAGAAGAAGAAGCAGCGUAUCCUGAGUGCCUUUUAUUUGGAAGUGGAGUAUAGUUCCUGAAGGUCAGCCAGUGCCCCUGCUUAUGGACUAUGCGGAAUGCUGUGCAUUCAGAUUAUACUGGCUAAUAGGUUCAGAUUUAUACUACACUUUUACAUCCCUACAGGAGACCAUGAGUCAAGGAACCAUAACUGUAUGUUCUAUGUUGCCCUAUACUCAUUAACUAUAAAGGACUUGCAUUAGCAGGAAAGUUUACAUUAGAGUGAUGGCCAUGCUCUACCAAAUGAACUGGGGACAUAGCAGUAGCUUUAUUAUAAUUGAUGGCAUCAUUUACAUUGCUAUGUUUCUAUGUAAAAAUGUGUUGUUUUUUCUUACAUCAUUUGAAUAGUUUAUAUUGCUUUAAGCUUGUAAAUACAGAAAGCCAGCAUCACCAGAUCUGUAUGUGAGUAUAUGCUGUGAAGCUUGCCUCUGGACAGGUUAAUUUUUUAAUGGCCGGUUACUGUAACCGAGUUGAUUGAGAAUUGCAUUCCAUGAGUGUACUAUUAGCAAUCAUAUGUGCUUUUUCAGAACAAGAUUUCUGUUUGUAAUAUAGCCAAUAGUACAGCUGUGUCCGGAUAGAUUUUGUCUUGCACUAAGUAGGACAGACUCCAUAUCUGUCGGAUGAACUGUUGUGUAAUAUGUGCCUUUUACGGUCUCAGUCCUUAAUGUUAGACUUCACUUUGCCUUUUGUAUACAUAAUGUUUACUUUCUGGUUUCUAGUUCAGUAAUUUUUUUAGGAAUCCGAAAAUAAAAAAUAAAGCUUCCAUUUAUAUUUUGAGAUCCAUUCACCUUUAAAUAAAGUGCAAACAGCAACACAGUUUAUGCUUGUGUGAACCUGGUCUCAUACAGAUUUUCAGUGGCAAUGGAUGGAAAAACAUUGUAUUAACUUUUACUAUUUUACUACAUGGCUGGGAACAAGACACUACUGAAAGUAAACAUCCAUUAUAUGGAUUCACAUUGACGUAGCAAACUUGCUAUUUUCUUAACCUUGCUUAUCAGGUGUGCA